UUUGCUCAACCUAGCCAUUCCAAGAGAGAGAGAACACCCCUGCAAACACCAUUUCUCCAUAGUCAAGAGAGCUCAACCAAGAAAGGAGCUUAAGGAAGAAGAAAAAGGUUGCAAAGUAGAGAAAACCCUUGAGAAUAAAGAAAUGGAGGGUAGACGCAUGCCGACGAGGAACAACCCUAGAGGAUUAGCUUUGGGAGCCUCCAUGGGGGCUAGCCGAGCCACAUCCCUUGGUUCUAGGGGGGAGAAGAGGAGGUCGUGGAGACCGUGGGGGCCACUGACCGGGCUAAACUUGCAAGUGUACAAGUGCCGAUAUAGUAACAAAUUCCGGUAAAAUACCGGGUUGAAUCCACAAGGAAACGUUGUUUAAUUUAGUCUGAGAGUUGAUGACUUUAAAUAAAUAAAUGAGUAAAG